AUGAAGGCCAGGAACAACUUCCCCGAGACCCCCAGCAGACCCUCUGACACCUGGAGCUGGCGUGGGGGCUGCACUGGAAGACCCUCCUUAACCAGCACGGUGAAGGUGCCAAAGGUUCUAGCCAAGAUCGAUGCUGUGGAGACCACUUCCUUCCCCAAUCAGUAUGAGGAGGCUUUAGGGAUGAGGAAGACACAGCAAGAGCGAGACCCUCAACCAAGGCAGCUACUGCUGCCACAGCCAGUGCACCUUCCGGGGCCAAGAUGCCUUGUGAGCACUGAGACCCACCAAAACUCUGGUGAUAAUUUAAAAAAAGUAAAUCUUUUGGAGCAGUUCCUGCUGUACAAGUUCCAGCUGAAGCAGCCCAUCCUGAAGGCAGAAAUGCUGAAGAUCUUGGGCUACAGGUACCAAAACCGCUUCCUGGAGAUGCUGAAGAAAGCCUCUGAGCGCAUUGAGACCCUGUUUGCAGUGCGCGUGCAAGAAGUGGACUCAGUGACCCAAGCCUAUGACCUAGUGAGUGAGCUCAAGCUCCCCAACCACGGCAGGGUGUGCCCUGGCAGAGGGCUGCCCAAGUCCGGGCUCCUCAUGCAUGUCCUGGGCAUGAUCUUCCUGAAGGGCAACUGCGCCAGCGAGGAAGACAUCUGGAGGGUGCUGGGCACCAUGCAGGUGUUCCCGGGCAGGAAGCACAACAUCUACGGGGAGCCCCGCAAGCUCCUCACCAAGGAUCUGGUGAGGCUGCAGUACCUGGAGUACCGCCCGGUGCCCAACACUCAGCCCCCUCGCUACCAGUUCCUGUGGGGCCCCAAAGCCCAUGCUGAGACCAGCAAGAUGAGCGUGCUGCAGUUCAUGGCCAAGAUCAAGGGCACGGUGCCCAGCUCCUUCUCACCCCAGUACCAAGAGGCUCUGCGUGAGCAGGCAGAGAGAGCCCUGGCCCGGAGCUUAGCUGGCUCCAGGGCCAAGAUCUGGGGCAUAGCUGGCUCCAGGGCCAAGGCACAGGGCACAGCUGGCUCCAGGGCCAAGGCACAGGGUGCACCUGGCUCCAGCGACAAGGCACAGGGUGCAGCUGGCUCCAGCGCCAAGGCCCGAGCCCUGACAGAGUCCGACACUGAGUACAGUUCCAACCAGGGCAGGUCAUUCAGUGAAGCUAUGGAAAUGGAGGCUAAGCUGUUAGAGCAGUUCAUGCUACACAGUUAUCAGCUGAAACAGCACAGCAUGCUGGAAGACAUGCAGAGAAUGGUGAACCCAGCUUUUGCAGCUUACUUUGAUGACAUCUUAAUGAUAGCCUCUGAACACAUUGAGACGCAUUUUGCCAUGCACGUUGAGGAGAUAGAUCCUGUGCUCCAUGCCUAUGACCUGGUGACUCAGCUGCAGCUUCCAUAUAACAGCAGGGUGCACCCCGGCUGCGGACUGCCCAAGACCGGACUGCUCAUGUACGUCCUGGGGCUCAUCUUCACCAAGGGCAGUCAUGCCACCGAAGAGGAGAUAUGGGCGUUUCUGAGCAUGAUGAGCAUCUACCCCGGCCAGAAACACCACAUUUAUGGGGAGCCCCACAAGCUCCUCACACAAGACCUGGUGCAGCUGCAGUACCUGGAGUACCACCCCGUGCCCCACACCCAGCCCCGCCGCUACCAGUUCCUGGGGGGCCCCAAAGCCCAGGCUGAGAUCCGCAAAAUGAGGGUCCUGGAGUUUAUCGCAAAGGUUAAUGGCAAAGAGCCAACCGAUUACCUGGCCCAAUACCAAGAAGCUGUCCAAGAUGAGCAGGCCAGAACCCAGGCUCAAGUUGCCGCCAGGGCUGCCUGCACAUCUAACACCAGGAUGUGUCCCUAUGCCUGGGCACAACCUGCUACCACACUGGUCAUGUCACCGGGUUCUCUCUAG